GCAACAACAGAGAGACCUUUUAUACAGAAGCUAUUUCGACCAAUUGCUUCAGGAGGACAGUUGCAUACUUUGGGAGAUCUACUAAAAGAUGUGUGUCCUAGUGCUAUCACCCCUGAAGAUGGAGAACAGAAGACUCAAGUGAUGAUUCAUGGAAUUGAGCCAAUGCUGGAAACACCCAUACAGUGGCUAAGCGAACAUAUGAGCUAUCCAGAUAAUUUUCUCCACAUUAGUAUCAUUCCCCGACCUACUGAUUGAAACUCAGCUAUAUUGGUAUGAGGAUCAUUCUCAAGCUGGAACCAUAAGGGCAUGUCAACUUCUUGCUUCUGUCAGUCGUGACAGAGGCAGCCUGACCAGAAAAAAAAAUUAACAAAAACCCAAAACAAAACAAGAAGUCCUCACUGCUGCAAGCCAAACAGGAAGAGAGAUCCUAUCAUCAGAUAAGGGCAAUUGGGCUGAUCUUAUUUUGCAUCACCACUGCUUUUCUUCACCGCUGUAAUUAAAUCAGUUGCGAUAUGAAAGAAUUUACAGGACCUCUGCAAGUGUGCUGUUUUCUUGUAAAAUAUAAUGAAGCUGAAACUGUCGGCUGAACAGCAAAUGGAAAUAUGCCACCUGAUUGUAUUUCUGAUUAACAAAUAAACAGGGCUAUUUCCUAAAGCGGUAGUGUUUCAACUUUGAGAGUGGAAACAUUGGUUUAAUUUUCUAGAAAGUUAGACACUGAGAGAUUCAGUUACCAAUAGCUUUUUGUAAAAGAUCAAAUUACUGUAAACCCAUCUUUCCUUAAUGAGAAGUUCAUGUUUACAGUAUGUGUAUUGGUAUGCAAAUGAUCUUUUAACUUUGAUAACAAGCAGUGAGAGAUUUUAAAGUAAACCCGUGAGCAUGUUUUGUCAUUUAAAAACAUGCACAACUUAAUAAUUUACAAAUACUUUUGAUUUGUAUGCUGUCACUGAAUACUCCAGCAUGUUCAUUAUUCAAACCAGUUUUCAUAGACUAGCAAUGAUGUAGGAUAAUUUGUCUCAGGAUUUGUCAUGGCAUUUCUUUGUGCUCAUCUAAUUUUUUUUUUCUGUAAGAAUAUUUUCUUAAUUUAGUUUAAAAAGUUAAAAAAAAAAAGUAAACGGAUGUUGCAAA